GCUGCCACCAACAUGGAGACUUUGCACCGUGUCCUGUUCUUAGUCCUCAAAUGUCUCAGCCUGAAGCUGAAGAAGCUGCCCUGGCUUCACUUGCCGUUGGCCAUGACUGUGUAUGCUCUGGUGGCAGUGUCUUACUUCCUCAUCGCUGGAGGAAUCACUCAUGAUGUUAUUGCUGAACCUCCAAGUAUUGGCUCUAUGACUGACGAACGUGGGCAUCAGAGGCCAGUAGCUUUCUUGGCCUACAGGGUAAAUAGACAAUAUAUUAUGGAAGGACUUAUAUCCAGCUUCCUGUUUACAAUGGAAGGUUUAGGUUUCAUAAUCCUGGACCAACUGAAUGCACCAAAUAUCCCAGAAUUCAAUAGAUGUCUUCUUCUAGUCAUUGGAUUCAUCCGUGUCCUACUGAGUUUUUUCAUGGCUAGAGUGUUCAUGAGAAUGAAACUGCCGGGCUAUCUGAUGGGUUAGAGUGCCUUCGAGAAGAAAUCAGUGGAUACUGGAUUUGCACCUGGCAAUGAAGUUUUCAAGGCUGUGUCAAUCCUCUAAUAUGAAAUGUGGAAAAGAAUGAAAAGCAGCAGUAAAAGAAACACCUAGUGAAAAAACAGGAAGCGUAUUGAAGCUUGGACUAGAAUUUCUUCUUGAUAUUAAAGAGCAACUUUAUUGCAGUUUUUUUUUUCCUGCUGACCUAUUGCUAUACUAACAAUGUGGAGUGGCAUUUUCUUCGUAGUUUUUCAUUUCUUAAAGAAAAUAUACUCCAUAUCUACAACUACAAUAUCAAAUAAAGUGAUUAUUUUUUUACAACCCCUUAACGUUUAUUUGGAAAUGACAUUUCUGAUUUUCAGAAAUUAACAUAAAACCAAGAAGCAAGAUUCCAUCAGCUGAGAACUCUGGACAGCAAAUCAGCUUCAUCUAUGGUCCUUUGCCUUUAACUAGAGUAUGUCAUGGUAGAUUAUUUCAGAUAUGCAUGUAAGACUGUUUCUUGAACAAUAAUAUGUAUGAAAGGAGUAGAAAUAAAUACUUUUUCUAAUUAAAAAAAAAAAAAAAA